UUUUGGAAGUCCCUAAACGCAGCAUAGGUGAAUGUGAAACCCGGGAUAUGUUGUUGUCAGUGAGCCUCAUCACAUCCUACUGUAAGCUACAAGUGGAUGACAGCACGUUUUACAGCUUGCAUGAAAUAAGGAGCACCGGCUGUGUGAUCAUCGGUACCGGUGAAGUGUUUUAAACAUGCAGAGACCCCCGAGGCUGUUUUGACGACGUUGAGCUGUGACUGCUGCUUCCCUCCUGGUGGUCGUGGACUGGUUGAACAUCUGACGAUUACAGUGGAGUCUUUACGAGGUAAUGCCAUUGAAAUGUUUUAAUUUUUAUCAUUAUGAUUAUUUGAUAACAUUUAAAUUUAGUUUAAACUAUGUUUUCUUAAAUGUCUUUGAAUUAUUAAUUGAUAUUUCUUAAAUCCACCUUAUGGGUUCUGUUAGGCCUCAAGCCAUGCCUCGGUCCUCAGCUGGGCUGUGAAUCCGCCAAAACAUCACGUCGAGCGGGGAAGUUGGCGUUGUCACCGCGGCGGGAUUCCUCCCGAGGUUAGAUCUUGUAUUACGGUAGAAUAAAGUCAUUAAGCAAUUAGUGACAGACAUUAUAAUUUCUAAAUGUGAAAUAUAUUAAAUUUCGACAGGCUUUACAUAUUAACAUCCAGUUACAUUCGGACUGUAGCGAAUAACUAUAGCAGCCUGUUGAUUAUCAAUGAUGUUAAAGCAGAUGUGAUGAUGACACCCAUAAACCUAGCCGUGCUAACCCUCCUAACGUUUUGUUGAAGAUGUGUUACUCUGCAUUAGAUUUGUUGUGAGUAAGGUUACACUUGGUUAAGUACGCUUUCAGCCUUUCAUUUUUUAAGCCAACUGUGUGAAUGAAAGUGGAUCCUCAACACCUGCAGUCCGUCUGAUACAGGUCUUGGCUGUAGCCUGUAGCUUCUUGGUUUAAGCUUUCAGGUCAUCUGUAUUAAUGUCAGGGGGUAAUCUUGUAUGAAUGGAUUUAUUUCAAAUGAGGCCAUCUUUUGAAAUAGUUUUGAACUGUGGUUACAUUUCAUAUUUUUAUUGUUGAGUGUAUAUAUAACUCAUUUCAAACACAGCUGAAUCAAACAAUGAAAAACUGAGCAGGCAACACAAAUGCUAUGUGACUUACUACAGAAAAUCAAACUUAGUUUUCGGCUCUAAGUGGAGUGAAAUCUUCCUCUCUGACAUCUGGUAUGUGAUCCUAAUAUGUCAUCAUAUCAUAACCAAACAUAAAUCAAUCAACCAGGCUUUCCUACAUCCUGUACUUAAAGUCUACAGAGUGACAACCACACACUGUAUUAAGAGGGUGAAACUUCAGCAGCUGUUCAAAAUUAUAGUUUUCAAAUUAACCCCAGACGUAAACUGAAAUAGGGGAGAGUGGGGUAAGAUGAGUCAUAUUUUGGAUCACUACAUCAAGGCAAUCCUAGUUUUGUCUCUAACGAGUGUAUCUGCAUAUAUUUUAAGAUGUUGUGCAUCUCUGCAAACCAACAGAAGGAGUAUAAACAUGACUGUCUUGAUAAUUUAGCAUGCCAAAAAAAGUGGUCUCUUAUUGUCAACUUACCCCGUGUAGGAGCGGGGUAAGUUGAGCCGUAUCCCUACUACCUGCCCACUCUCCACCCCAGCCCUCAUUCACCUUCUCUCUCCCUAGAUAACAGUCACUUCUUCACAUUCAUGUGUAUUUUUAUCUAUUAUACGCUGUUAUACACUUUCAAGAGUAAGAAAUUUUUAUUUUUAUUUUUUUUAAAUAAAAGUCUAACCCCUUCCCCCAUUUGCCUCUUCUAACCUUUACAGACUCCAUGAAUUGAUGCCCAUCUUCUAAAUACUUGGUCACAUGAUCAAUUUCUUUUACCAUUUCCCAGCAACAGGAGGUGGCUCAACUUACCAUUUGGCUCAACUUACCCCACUCUUCCCUAAAGCUCUUUUGAAAGCUUAUCUCAAACAAAAGACUGUCAGAUGUCAGAGAGUAGCUCUGUGUGAUGAAACAAACAUGUAGAAAAGGUAACAGGAUAUGGUGCUUUACUAAAUCAACAGCAGCUAACUUACUCUGGAAAGAUUGUCUCCAUGAUUACAGGAAAAUGCUAUGGCAUACCAGGACUGCCUACUACUCCUCCCUAAUAGAAGAAAAUAAAAAAAUAUCCCAGGUACCUUUUCAGCACUGUGGCUAGAAUCACAGACAGUCAGAGCUCCAUUGAGCCAUGUAUCCCUCUACCCCUUAACUGUGAUGAUUUUAUGAGCUUCUUUAAAGAGGGGUUAUUAGAAAUUUUUUUCCAGACUUAGUGAAAGUGCAAAAAUGUGAGACUUCACGCCUUUUGCUUUGAAUGAUGACAAACUGGAGCAAACCCAAAAUCAAUAUUGGUAUGUAGGCAUGUUGAGUAUGGACAUGAUAACCCCAGAGAAUCCAGUGGACAUUAAAAACACAGUUUCAGUCAGGCAUUUGUAACUAUUUUGUUCUUUAAGGAAAAUAAAAAGAAGACAUUUUUAUAGCCUCCCAUCACAUACACAUUUGGACCACAUGGGACUAAUUCAAACAAAACACACAACACAGAGACUCGAAAAAAGUGGAUCACGAUAUCAAAAAUAGGGUUUUACAAUACCGAGUAGCCAAAAAGUAAAGAAAUUCAUCCAAAAGGGUAAAAGUGAGUUUUUCUUUAACUUGAAACCAACUAUUUGGUUGUAUUUGGUCUCCUGUGUCACCUCACCAGUCAUCUCUGUCCUGCCCCUGACUAAAACAUCUGUAUGAUGUGCCGUCUUCUUGCAGGGCUGAGUUACAGACAUGCACCCACCACCUCGACAUGACUACGUCUCUGUAAACUUUGCUGAAAAAGGAGGUGGAGGCUACAAUAACAGUAAGCAGUGGAGGAGGCAGUCCUGCUGGAGGGUGAGUGAGUUGCAUCAUGAUCUGUGACACGUCCUUUUUUAUUUUUUUUUUACAGCGCUUUCAUUUCCUACUCUGCUAAUCCCUGAUAAAGAUAGAGACAUUGCAUUGGUCUGGUAUCCUGCUUUUCCAGCACUAAUACUUGCCAAAAGAAGAUACUGUAGAUCUGAGAAAUGCAUGUUUUUCUAUAAAACCAAGCUAUAAGUAUGCCUUACAAUUACAAAAAGUAUUUCCCUCAGGACAGACAAGUUAAAGAAUAAAAAGGAAUUCAAUACAACAGUUAUUAGAACGGUGUUGCUCGACAGAAAGUCUUUAGCGAGAGGAAAAUCCUCCAGUGAUGUCCUGAGACUGCUGGUGGUGGUUGUGGUGGCUGAUGACUUGCUGGGAAUGGAUGGAUGAUGAAUGGUAAUGAUGAUUCUGCGCAGACAAGGUUGAGAUAGAAAAGAACAAGAGGCAGAGAAAAAAAAAUCGUAUUUAAAAACAGUUGACAAUAAGGGUGUGCCGCUGUGCUAAUAGAUAUAGAGGCUAUUGUCGAACAGCUGGUUUACCAGUGACUGCCCUGAACAAUGACUGCAGGAAGAGUGAGUGAGCAUGAGAGAGGAAAAGAGACAUAGGAAGCUGAUUCUGCAGAUAUAGUUUUCCUGAUUGAAUUUACGCCAGAGCUGGAAAAAAAAUGUGGCCUGGGUUGUUUGGACUUUUUACUGUUAUUGCUGCAAUUGCAUCAGAAGAAAAGCUGGUGCUCGGUGCAGCAACAUCGCAGGACUUCAAGACAUCAUCUGAUUCAACAGCUGGUGUAGCUUAGAGAAUUUAGUCCAGCUUUUUGAACCUUUGUCAUCUCUGGAUCCUCCACUUCAAGUCUCAUAUCUUUACAUACUGUUUCCCACAAUGUAAAAUGGGACCAGCAUGUAUGGCAUUAGUUUAUCUACGCAGUGAGAAAAGGAGGCUCUAAUAUAAUGACUGAAGAACAGCUCUGUGAUGGUCUGUGACUCCCUUUUUUAAAUUGUAGUGUGAAGGUUCACCAAUAUAAUUAUCAACCAUUUUUUAGGUUUGAAGGUCUUUACAAACACCCUGUUUUGCCUAUUCCUGGUUCUGUUUAUUUUUAUUGCAUUAGGUGAAAAGAUAUACUCAAAUAACUCAACUCUUUAGGUCAGUGUAGACAACUCCUACUGUACCCAUUUUAUCCAAUUAAUCCUGACAAAGAAGAUACAAAUGUUAGAAUAAUUUUGUAUCCACAUUCUUUGUUGCAGAAGUAAGUGUUGAGUAGAUUCUUUCAAAUGUACUGCAUGAUUAAAAAUUGCUGAAAUGUUAAAGGGGUUUCAUAAAACUGUUUGUUAUACCUGUGGUUUUGUAAAGAAGUAUGUUUUCUUCAAUAUCUUCUCUCUCUCUUGUGUGCCUGCAGAAAUGGAAGCAGCUUUCCAGAUUGCAGCGGAGCCUUAUCCUCUUCUUCCUCGUGCUUCUGUUCAUUUGUGGAAUUGCCAUCUAUCCUUCUGUUACUGAACACCUUAGGGGUAAUGCUACCACACAUCAAACAUCUCAUGUAUUCUAUUGGUCUACAUUAACCAAUUAACCACAUGUUGUGAUGCCUACUGAGAGAUGGAGCCAACAGAUUAACCCAUGUUCAGAAAUCAUUUGGUCAGCCUGCCAUCUUUUGAUAAUGUGACUGUAAUACUUUUAUACUAAAAGUAUAUGUUUGUGUGUAUGUGUGUGUUUAGGCCUUACAGAGAGAGAGCAGGACACAGACAGUAACAGCAUACUGAGGCCUGCUGUCCCUCAUGUCCUGCCUGAGCCUGUUAAACAGGAACAACUACCACUGCCAGAACAAACCUCCCAGGUACUACAUCUUUUUUUCAACUUUUUAUAGAAACUGGGGCACCUACUUGCUGAUUAUUUUUUCAAUUUGUUGUCAGAAUUAAUUAAGAUUGACUCAUUAUGAUAGGCCACAAGUUGAGAAGUAUUGAUUCAAAGUACAAUUAAAGUGGUUAUUGACAUAGUGAGAAACAACUAUUAACAGACACAGCACCACUCUGUGGGAAAACACCAACAUUAAUCAUCACCAUCACAACAUCAGUGAACAUCGUUUGAGUCUUUGAGACUUCUGUAAUAUAAUUGAGCAUAAAUUCAAAAAAUGAAUAAAACAACCUUUAAUUUGAUCUCUCACAUGAAAAAUUCUUCUAUACGAAAAGAACAGCUGCAGAAGCUUGUGUCACUGAUUUGCAAUCACAGACUCAAUAAGUUAUAAGUCACAAUUUUCACUUGGCCAAUACAGUAUAUCAAAUAAACAUAAGAGUCAUAGAGUAGAGGAAAUGAAAAUAAAGUCACAGCUUCUGCAUCGUCAUGGAUAUUUCUUUGCACGGGCGUAAUAGAGCUUGCAACAGGUGUGACUAAGAUGUAAAACACUGAAGGCUUUAUGUAAAUCAUCUUUCGUGUUUUAGAGCAGUGACCUGACUAGACAUGCUGAGUGGAUCAAUUGCAAAAGAUUACCCAUUCUCACCUACAGUUUAACAUUGUAGGAGAUUUAGCUCUGCAAAGUUUAAAGAAACUGUUUUUUUUUACAUUCACAGUUAACCAGAUUAAGAUGCAUAUUUCUGUUUGUGGUGAUGGAAUUUAAGAUUUAACCCUGAGCACGUACAGUGCUGCUGCAUAACAGUAUCUAAGUUAAAGUAGUGAUUUUUUCUUGAGCUUUAGUAAACAGAGAGUUUCACUUAUGGUGGGAAAAUAAUGCUUGAAAUGAAAAAGUAAUUGAUGAACUGAAAACUCUUGUUUAUUUUUGUCAUUUUCCACAGAGGAAAUUAUCCAACAAGAGAGGUCCACCCAUCCUCCAGAAUCGACUGCAGAGGAAAGGAAACAAUUCAGACACAGGACUCAGGGAGAAGCCCGCUGACAAACGAAAAGAUGGCGAGGAGGGGGUCAUCAGGUAAGACAACCUAAAAUAAAUCUGCUUGUGCAGAAUAUAUUGUAUAUUACUUUAACCCUUGGUGUCUUUCAGCUGGCACGGGGCAGUGAUCGACACUGAGCAGGGCACAGAAGGAACUAAAGAUGAAGAAAAUAAAGAGGCCUCACCUGCCAACCAGAAGGCCAAACCAACAAAAGUAUCAGGUACCGCCUGCUUUAUUUCCAGAUGUUUUUUUAGUCCAAUUAUCUAUUUAAAAUAAAAUAAAAACAUUGCUUUAAAGAGUGUGAGGGGUUUGCCUGUGAUUUUGGUAUCAAUGGAACAGUUGUUUUGAAUACACGGUCCAUUGUUAAGUCUUAAUGUCUUAAUCACCUGGAUAGAUUUGGACUGAAUAAUAACAGGCCUCGUCUGUGUAAACUUUGUGUCCCAGGAGCCACCAGGCUGGAGGUGGUGCGAGAAUCCUUCAGACAUGCAUGGAAAGGUUACAAAGACUUUGCUUGGGGCCACGAUGAGCUCAGGCCCCUCUCAAAGUCCUACAGCGAGUGGUUUGGCUUGGGUCUGACUCUCAUCGAUGCACUGGAUACCAUGUGGAUCCUUGGGCUCAAAGAAGGUAGACUAAAUGCACCAUAUUUUUUGUCUGUUUUUAAAUGUUUGGGAUGACUGGUGGGCACAGAGAUGAACUGGAAGAGAUAUGAGAGAAAAACAGCUGCACUUUGCCUUCAGAUUACUUUAUUUGCGUGCAGGUCAGAGUCGCUGCCAGUCGAUUUUUGCCUUUAAACUUUGAACCUUUGCCUCGAGAUUAGUUUGUGUAAAUUAAAUCCCUCUCUCAAGGUCUUUUUGUUAUAUACCGUUGAUAUGAGCACUGUGACAAGUGUUUAAGGAGACAAACCAGAUCAUAGAUAAAACCAUGUGUUAUAUUAAUGACAUACUUUCAAAUUAUCUUGGUUUAGUUUGUAAAAAAAUAAUUAUUCUGUGUCAGUUCUGAAUAUUUUCUCUUCCUGUGUUGCAGAAUUUGAGGAAGCCAAGAGCUGGGUGGCCACAGAGCUCACAUUCAAUAAAAAUGUGGACGUGAACCUGUUUGAAAGCACCAUCCGUAUUCUGGGAGGCCUUCUGAGCACCUACCAUCUGACUGGAGACACUGUGUUCCUCGAAAAAGCUGUGAGUCAUCACAUAAUCACUUAUUUAAAAAGGAACGAUGCAAGCACAAUGUGUGCACAUCGUCUGACGGUUGAAUACCAAAAGGUUGCAGUCUUAUUAUCCACACUUAAAAAGACAAAUAACAAUUAGUUGAUAAUUUGAUUCAUGGUUUUCUUGCCUUUUAUUUACAAACACCGGCAUGUGAUCUUGAUCCUCUCCCUCUGCAGAAAGACAUCGGCUCCAGGUUGAUGCCAGCCUUCAAUACCCCAUCAAAGAUCCCCUACUCUGAUGUGAACAUCGGGAAAGGUACAGCCCAUCCCCCUCGCUGGACCUCAGAUAGCACUGUGGCUGAAGUAACAAGCAUCCAGCUGGAGUUCAGAGAGCUCAGCCGCCUCACAGAGGAGCCACAGUACCAGGUAAUGCACACUUGGAUUCAACUACACUGAUCCAAGGUCUGUUGAGAAAAAACUGAAACUCAGGUGGGAAGAAGCUUUCAAAUCCACCAACCCAUCUUUCAGGAAUCUUCUAAAAGCUACAGGUAAUUAGUGUUGUAACAUAUGGUGUGCUAGCACUACUAAUGUGGCAACAGACCAUGUAAACCUUGGAUUUGAUGAAAUGAAAGCACUUGCUUUAAGACAAGACAGUGUUCUUCAUGUUCUGUAAAGAAUACUUGGAAAUUGGUGGUACUGGCCAAAUUUGGUAUUGGAUUGAAUUGAUUACUUCUGAAGUUCUUUUACAGGCAAUGAUGGCUUUGUCAAACUACUCUGAGUCAGUCAAAUAAAAUCGAACAAAUCUGUUAAGUUUUACUCAUCAGACCUGUGUUUUUCCCAGGCUGCCGUGGCUGAGGUCAUGAACCAAAUCCACAAACUGGACGGCAAGUUAGACGGUCUUGUGCCGAUGUUCAUCAAUACAAACAGUGGACAGUUCACCCACCAAGGCAUCUACACACUGGGGGCCAGAGCGGACAGCUACUACGAAUACCUGCUGAAACAGUGGAUACAAGGAGGCAAGAAGGAGGACCAGUGAGUCAGAUUACAGAUAAUCAGUAUUCACAUUUACGUGAAUGGAUGAAUUUCAUCGUAUGAAAUUCAUGGGGGUGUACUGAUACAACUUUUCCAAUACAAUACCAAUAUUGUAGCCUUCAGUAUUGUCCAAUACUAAUAUUGAUCUGAUAUUGGCACAAACUUAUGCAUGAUAAGUUGAAAUGAAAAUUCUGCCACAGGGACAACAUCACUCCUACUCCUUGGUACUUUGUUAGUACCUUAGUACACACUGUUGUUGUGAUCACAUGGGCUCUACAUGCUGGAUCAGGGUGCUGCUAGAUAGAGGUGCUGGAGCGGAGUCUGGAAUGGACUGCUUGUAUCAGAGUGCUGAUAUCGGUUAUUUUAGAUGCAGGCCGAUAUAAUUUUCUGUUGAUAUCAGACCGAUAUCCGAUAUCAGUAUCGUAUCGGGACACCCCAAAGCACUACACUAUCAAAUAACAUCAUAAAUUUUUACAGAUUUCACUUUGGAUUCAAUAUUUAACAUACCACUUUAAGUCUGCUGUACAAAGUAUUGGCCCAUGAUCUCCCUGAUGUUUAUGGGUGAUGUCAAGCUGAGAUGAACAUACAGCCACAUGUUCCCCAAACUACUUUUAUCAAACUUUUUCAAUGAUUGAUUUGAUGUAGCAUGCCUGAUCAUCAGAUGUCAUAGCUUUCACCACACCUACCGGCUGUUUUGAAUCAAAUCAACCAACUUAGAAUACAAAUUGAAACGCUUUGAUAUCAGUGGACAGAGUUCAAUCAAGUGUUGAAGUUAAUCCGGUAGAAUUGUUCUUGGCUGCGUUAGGGGGACUGACAGAUUAAUAAACAGGAACAACAGCCUCCUCCAGACACUCAGACAUGCUCGUGGGCAUGGCUUAGAUUAAGCAGCUUUGAGUGUCUGAAUUAUUUGUGUCAAGUGUGUUAUCUGUGUCACUUCUGGGUUCCGGCCUACAUUAAUACUUGGACAAAUAUGCCGCUGCACGUCUGUUCUGAGUAAAAAAUACACAUAUUUAUUCAUGCUGUGUAUUUCUACAUAUAGAAUCAAAAAUAUCAUCUUUAAUGAUUGGAUGCAAAUCUUCUUUAACCUUCCCACCAAGGGCUUUAUUAAGUGUCACGCGUUUUUUAAGCAUGCACUGAUUACAGUGCUAGCUCUGCCUCUCUGCAUAAAUGACAGUGAUUUGGUUUCAUAAUGAAAAGCAAACUCACUUCAUUAUCAAUAUUUAUGAUCAGUACAUUGAGAUGUAAAUACUUGUGUUUGGGUAUAAGGAAAAGUUAUGUACAAUUUAAUGAUUAAUCAAUGCACAUUACAAUCAAAUAUUCAUGUUUAUCUCUAGGGGUGUCCCGAUAAAACCUUUUUACCUCUGAUACGAUACCAAUAUUGUAGCCUUCAGUAUUGGCCAACACCAGUAAGGGAUACGAUAUGGAUAUUGGAUAUUGGUUCGAUAUCAGCAAAAACAAAUAUCGGAUUAUAUCAGCCUUCAUCUAAAAUCUACAAUAACAGCACUCCAAUAUAAGUUGUCCAUUCCAAAUAUCAAUCUGAUAUUAGCCCCAACUUGUGCGUGACAAGUUUUGCACUCGGCUGUAACAUCUUUUUCGGAGUUAAAAUUCUGUCACACGGCCGACAUCACUCCUUCUUCUUGCUACUUUGUUAGGACCUUAGUGCAAACUGUUGUUGUGAUCACAUGGGCUCUACAUGCUGGAUCUGGGCGCUGCUGGAUAGAGGUGCUGGAGCGGAGUCUGGAAUGGACUGCUUGUAUGGGAGUGCCGAUAUCAGAGAUUUUAGACGUAGGCCGAUAUAAUCCGAUAUUUGAUUUUUUUUGCUGAUAUCGGACCAAUAUCUGAUAUCAGUAUCGGAUUGGGACAUGCCUAUUUAUCUAUGUUGUCAAAUGGAAAAAACAAUGGUUACAUCAUUGUGAGUGCCAAUGCUGAUGUGAUGUGGGUUAUUUUAAAAUGUCAUUAAUCUGCAUUAGUCUAUCCGUAAAACAAACCAACACUCAAAGUAUUUCUCCUUUCACAAGUAAAAGGAGGUCUGAAUGUUUGGUAUUACAUUGCAGCAGUAAAACAUUGUUCUAUUUGUGUCUGUCUUUAGGUUCCUAGAAGACUAUCUGCAAGCAAUUGGAGGUGUAAAGAAGAACCUGUUACAGAAGUCUUCUCCAAACGGCCUCACUUUUGUCGGAGAGCUCUCUCAUGGACAAUUCAGUCCUAAAAUGGUUAGUUAUAUAAAAAACCUUCUUUGUUUAAGUUUUGCUUCCUCUUUCACACUGCAAACUACUUUUAAAUUGUGAGUUUCUGUCAAGGUCAGUUGGCAUGAACAGUGUUGAUAAGUGUGUUCAAGUUAUUUCCAUUUCGAAAAAGAUUGCAGUGUUGGUCAGAGUUGCUUAGUCUGGUUACAUAUGCACAGGUCUAUCACAUGUACACAUAAUGCCCAGUUUGGUAUAUUUUACACUUUGAGAUCCACAGUAUCCAAGCCAGCAAAUCAACUCUUCUAUUUUUAAAGUAAUAACUCAGGUCAGGUUGGGGGACAAGAAUACCUCUGUUAACAGUGUUGGUUUGUUUCAGGACCACCUGGUGUGCUUCUUGCCAGGCACUCUGGCCCUUGGUGCUCAUCACGGCCUCCCUUCUGAUCACAUGGACCUGGCCAAACAGCUGAUGGAGAGCUGUUACCAGAUGUAUGUCCAGAUGGAGACAGGCCUCAGUCCGGAGAUCGUUCAUUUCAACAUGUAUGAGGGCAGCACCAGGGACAUCGACGUAAAGGUAGACUGUGCCUGCUAAUAAUUAUACAGGAGUGUCCUUUAAAAGCUUGAAUCAUGUAUCUAAAUGCAGGAGCAGAAAAGUAAACAUGACCAAAGUUGCCCUCUGAUCACCCUGGUUCUCAGAAAAAAAGUCAGGGGAAAUGACUUUGAAUAAAGCGGGUUUGCCGGAAAAUCCGACACAGCUCCUAAUUUCUUGUUUUUUCAGUGCUAUGUUUUCUGUGACAGCUGGCAGACAGACACAACCUCCUGAGACCAGAGACUGUGGAGAGCCUUUUCUACCUGUACAGAUUCACCAAGGACCCAAAGUACCAGGACUGGGGAUGGGAGAUCCUCCAAAACUUCAAUAAGUACACGAAGGUCAGUCAAGUCAUACUUCAGCAUGAUUCUUAAUGGUCCCAACUAGGGCUGGGCGAUAAAACGAUAACAAUAUAUAUCAAAAAAUAAUUUCCCUUAAUAUCGAUAUCAAACAUGGUCAAUAUGCUUUUCGAUAUUCUGCAUUCUGCCAUGUUUUGGUAGACUAUACGAAUAGCCAAUGAAAAGGGGAGUUGCUCCGGGUCCGCUUCACGCUGAACCAAUCAUGUGCUGAAUUAGAACCAAGUAGCAAACAACUGCUUAGUAGCAGACUGUAACUACACGCAACCAUAGCACUUGAACACGUGAAGCCGACAGCACUGUCGGUGAGAAAAAAGAAAAUGAGUGGUACCCCCGGCAGAAAUGCAGAUGAAGGCUCAACAGGUGAUGAUGUCGUCAACAACACUGGCACGAAAAUGUCUAAGGUGGGGAGGUAUUUUGGUUUUUUUGAGGUCGGACAUGAAGCAGAGUAAUGUGCACUGCAAAUUAUGUUGAGUACAUGUUCUUGCAAAGUCGUUAUAUAUCGUGAUAUAUAUGAUAUCGACUGAUAUGAAAGUCCUAGUCCCAACCUAAAUUUAUCAGAAUGGUGAGUGGUGAGAAUGAGUGGUGAUGGCAUUUCUACAGCAGGCUUUAUUAACCUGACACGUACUUCAUGGCGCUGGUUUGAGGCUUCAAUGUUGAAUGAUUUAAUGAUAGAAAUGAUCGUGUUGGUGAUGGUAUAUUUUGCUUUUGUGGUUUAUUGAUAUCUAUUUGAAUCUGUUUCAUAAUCAGUUAAAAAAAGGUCCUUACAGGGGCUUUAAAAUGAUUCUCAGUGUCAUAGAGUCAAGGCUCACUCCUUUAAGGAUUAAGGCUGAUCUAAUAAACUUUUUGUCCUCUGAAGUGAACGUGUGUGUGUGUCUUUUCUCUCAGGUUUCCUCUGGGGGCUACACCUCUAUCAAUAACGUGCGAGACCCAGACUACCCGAGUCCUCGAGACAAGAUGGAGAGCUUCUUCCUGGGAGAGACACUGAAGUACUUGUACCUGCUCUUCUACGAUGACCCAAACUUCAUCAGCCUGGACCAGUAUGUCUUCAACACUGAGGCUCACCCCCUGCCUAUAUGGGCUGCCACCUCAUAACGCAAACACAAACACACACAAAUACACACAGAAAGUCAAAAAAAGCGCAGAUAUGGACAUUCCAAACAUCUCAGGGACGUUCUGACAACAAGAUGAUUCCUGUUUCAGUAACAGGAAUUCAAAAAAGAACAAUGAACAUGGAACACACAAAGAGGAAGCCUCCGUUUUCUAAUUGAAUAAGAUAUUAGCUAAAUACAAACAGCCAUGGAGAAAACUAAAGCUUAAGUCAGUCUGGCCGAGCCUUUUUUUUUGUCAACCUGACCAGUCGUGGACUCCUGAUAGUGACAGAAGUUCAUGCUGUAGAAGCUUUUCGUCAUCCAGACCACUAAUUCAGCAAAAACCUGAUCGUGACUUGAAUCAAAGAUGUCUUAACCGCAUUUUAACAGAAAGAGGAGGACCGCCGGGUAGAACUGAAACAUUUAAGUCUGAAGCUGCUUGUAGCUUUCAUUUCAGUCACAGUCGUGAACAUUUGUUUCUUAUAGUAGUAACGUUCGUUUUUUGUCAGAAAACCUUUAAGAAACUUUGAAUGCCCUGCUUCAUUUUCUUUUUAUUAUAAUGGAAAUAGUUUCGUAAGCAGCAUUACGAAGGAAAGCCUGCACCUAAUGGUGGAAAUGGGUAGAAAAACACACACUUGAGGACAGUGUUCAGGGAAAUCUACUCACUGUUUUUCUAAAUGGACAAAUUGGAUCACGCCACAGUGCAACAAACCCAGCAGCAGUCAUAACAGCCACUAUCAGUAGCAUUAGAGAUAGCUCUUUGCCAGCACUUCAAUGUCAUUGUCUUGUCAUCUGGAACAACUGACAGGGAGGCUGGAAGCUGUAGUUCAACCUGUCAAAACUGGAGGUGAUUGUUUCAUUUUACAUGUUCUGAAUGCUGCUGUGUCGCCUUUUGACCACGUAAAGUAACAGGGGAUUCAGGGCUGUGAUGUUAUUGUAAGUGUGACAAGCCUAUUAGAGCGGCAUGGUUUAUGGUUUAACCUUGGCGUUCGUCACAUGGUUGGCAUUGUUGAAUAAGUGAUUCAAAACACACUGUGCUGCUACUCUGAAUGUCCUGAUCAUUUCUUGACUGUGGACGACUGCACAGACAUAUUAGUCACACCAAGUGCGAGUAAAACCAUCUACUCACUGAACUCGUGAAUUGUGCAUAUUUACCUGCUUAAUCUGAAAGAAUAUUUUGAUUGAUGCGCGUGUUUGUAUCACGUCUGCAGAGUGCCCUAAAACACGUGUGAUUAGGGAAGAGGAGAGAAAGAGAGGAGGAGUUCCCACAUGUCAUGUCAAUCUGUUUACAUAGAAAAUAGCAGAGGUUGACCACGCUGUGAGGAUUGGUUGAUUUCAAAUAACUUACCAGAUAAUCAGACCUCCUCACUCUUUUUCCUCCGGUUGAGCUCUUUUUUUUUACUCCUGCCUUAACCCCAAUUUCCACAGCAUCCGGAGCAGCUACGAAAACGCCGUAUCCACCGACAGCAGCUGAUGGUAACCGUUCAAGUUAAAGUGUCAAUUUCCACCGACUUUAUUCUGUUCCGCUGCGGAUCGCAAGAAUUCUAUUUUUUCCGGACGCCAGAACAUGCUGGAUAAAUUCAUCACAGAUUAACCCGUGCUGGAAAGGAAGUCGGGCACAGACACAAAAUAAAACAUCUGGCUACUUUUCAAAAUAAAACACAGCGUAUUUCAGGUGGAUCGUAUUUCACACUCUGCAAACAGGCGGGGCAAACAAGUGAAAAGUUUUUUUGACAGCAUUUCACCCAGAUCACACCAUGUAUGAGAAGAUGCUAAUUGUAGAAGUCUAGAGGUGGAUUUCCUCCUCUGGAAGAACACAAUCUACUGCUUGUAUGGUUAGUCUCUGUGGCUGUCUUUAUAGAAACAACUCGAUAUCGCGUGAUUGCACGUAAAUUUGCGCGUUCUUGUGAGUUCUCGCGAUUACCGCUGUCUGUAAUCCGCCACGAAAUUCUCCUCACCAAUGGAUCCAGUAGGAAUUGGCGGACAGUGAAAAUCGCAGCUGAUCCGUAUCGGAGUUCCGGAUGUGGUGAAAACUGGGGGUUAGUUAUCUUGACGUGAACAUUCGCUUGAGUUAAGAUAUUUCAACUUUAGCGAAUUUGCCCAAUUCAUGUCUUUCUCGUGAAUGACUUGCUCAACUCUCCCAAAAAGUCCACUUAAUUCAAUUCGCGCUGCACAAUUCGUGUCAUUCACCCUGUCUGAGUCGAACAAGCGUCUAAUCGUGUCUUUGUGUGUAAUUCACCUGUGCAAAUGAUUUUACUUGCACAUGGUGUGACCGCCCCAUAAAAGAUUUGAGCCCAAAAAAGUAUCCCAAAAAGUUUAUUAUUAUUAUUACGAAAAUUGGGGCUUCGUGAAAACUCAACAGAUUGCUCUAUAGUCAGAAUAUUGAACCGUCAAUGGAAUAAGGGAUGCCCUGAUACUGAUCCCACCUGUCAAAUUGGAGCCAUUAUCAGCAUUAUGUAACUGAUCAGGGAUUAGCAAUCCAGGCAAUCUUCAGAUGUCGUGAACUCAGCACAAUUCAUGGUGCAGAACACACACUGGACUAACUUAGCAUUAGCAACUUUGUGGCUAAUAUGUCAGCAGUUUGGACAUUUUGUAAAGUAGAAGGUGAAAAUGACCCCAACAGCCACUUGAAAUACAUACAUAACCCUUGUUUGGCGAGUCAAUAGCAAUCAUCCUGUGUUCAACACAAUUAGUUUGAUAUGAAACAUUACAGAGACGAUGGUUUAAUUCAUCACUUUCAACAGCCAGCCUAUCUGCCCCAUAGAGAAUGUCCUGCCAUCAUAAUAAAGCACAAAGUAAAUUUAUUUAUUUAUUGGUGAGACUGUAUUUUAAAGUUAGACUGAGAUAUACCAUUUUGUGACUGAGUAGAAUAAAUUCACUCAUGAGUUUUGGCGGGACUAAGUUAAUCAGAAUAAGGUAGGGAAACCUUUAUUGAGCUUUCUGCUUUCUCAGUAAACUUCACAGGUAGGAACAGAAGGUGAGCUUUGGUUCUGGAAAGAUACGACCAUGAGGCUGAAGAUUAUGCGUAUAUUUGACCAUAUUUAAGAAACGGUUGAAGGCAAAUAGAAAAAACAAAAGUUUAUUUGCCAGGUUUAAAACAAAAUGAAGCUUUUUUUUUUUUUCAUUUUACCAUGCACAGAGAUUGCAGUGUUAGUUUUUUUCCCCCAAAAUCACGCAGCUCUGUAAGCUUGGAGAAGACUAAACGGUUUUGUUGCACCAACUCCUCGACCGCUGUGCUGGCAUGUUUGCCCCUCCAGGUGGCAGUCACACCAUGUGUAAUACAGUCGGAUUACCAUUAUCUUCAGAAAAUGUAACUGAAGUGUCCUGACGGGCUGUGAACAAAUCCCCCAGUCAGUGUUUGGCUGUUUCUUCAUGCUGUGUUCAUGUCAUAUGGGAAAUGUGGCUUUUCUGCAUGAAAGCCCUCCUUUAGGAACUGUGAUGGAGACCUCUAACUAGACAGAUUAAAUGAGUUUAAAAAUGAAUCAGUUAGAGGGGCAGCCCUUGGCUUGAACCACUGUAGCCACAAUGGUCAACAUAAAGAGGAGUUAAAGGGUCAGUCCGCAAAGAUAGAGAGGACGUUCAAACUAUAAAUAGUUGUGCCAAAUACAGAGAAAUAAUAACUCAAAGGAAAGUAACUUGUCAUUUUGACCUCAUCCAGAGAAAUUACAAUCAAAACACAGUCAUUUUUACCUCAUUCAACCUCAUGUCUGAUAUUUAUCCUCAUCAUGAUUGCCUUAAGGCUCUUCAAAGCCUGUUGACUACAGUUCCUAUGUUACACAUCACAGCAUAUACAUGUGAGGAAAUCUAAUGAGCAGGUUGAAAAAUGUAUUUCUGUUCAUGGUAAUGCGCCAAACUUUUAGAUGACAGUGAUGUGGGUUUCUUUGACCUGCAAUAAAUUUGAAUUUGACAUCUGUCUGAUAAACUUGUGCAUUUAUGGCAGAUAAAGCCGUUUUUUCCCACAUGACAUGAAUACAGCAUCAGUGAUUUACCUGGGGCCAAGGUGACGUCGAUUUUGCCGCCUGGCAUUAGAUUUUCCUCUAAACUGUGAAGCUUUGUAAUUUUCUGUGGAGCAUUGUGGCUCCUUUUUUUGAAUGUUCAGCUUCUUUCUUCUUUUGUAAAUUUUUCUUGGUAAGGUGUAGCAUAUCUUUGCUUUUCCCUAAAAGUGAUUAUUUGGGAAAUUUGAUCGUUGAUUUCAUGUAAUAUAUUGAUUAUUGUGUAUAUUUAAAGGUAUAAUUGCAGCUAUCUGAAGCUCUCCUUGAGCAUAUGGUUUAGUUUUCCGUAGUAGCAGCAGCAGCUUUGGAGCAGCUGCAGUCAUUCCUGUAAAUAUUAUUCCUUUACUCGAAUCUUAGUUAUUAAUUCUAAAUCCUUAUAAAUUGUAUGAAGACCAAACUUGUUAAUAUUAUUUUCUUGGUGUUGUCUCACUUGUGCCUUUACUGUUGCUUUAGACAACAUCCAAAAGACAACCGUUAGCUUCAUUUCUUUCCAUUUGACCUGUCUUUGUGUAAUUGCACAUAAAAUACAAUGUAAUAUGGAAGCCCAUUCCUGCAAAAAGCAAAAAAAACAACUUGAUAAUCAAAACAGAAAACAUAGAUCUGAAGUUGUGAUGGAAAUUAUGACGGACAAAUGAAAACAAUGCAAAAAAAUAAUUGGAUAAUUUCUUAUUAUGACAUGGUCAGUUUUAUUAAAUUCAAAAGUGAAACUACGGGAAAGAAAGUCAUAAUAAUGAGAUCAAUUGUAAAAAAACAAAAAACAAAAGAUCAUUUAAAAAUGACUGAAAGUAAUUAUUUGGGACACAAAGUCCAGAUAGUGGGCUAAAAUAUCUGUAAUGCGAACUAUAAUGGUUAUAAUUAGUUCAGAAGAGCCUAGAAUAUAAGCUACAAAAUCAAAAUUGAGUGCCUGUAAGGACAAACUAUGAGCUAUAAAAUCUAAAAUCAAGUUAAAACUGUAAAAAUAUGAGCCAGACCAUCAACAAUAAGCUAUAUGAUCCAAUGUAUGAGUUUGAAAGUCAAAGUUGUGACAUUAAAAGCCAUGAUAUGAGCUAAAACGUCUACUCUGAGUUACAAAGCCUUAAGUGUAAGCUACAAGAAAAUUUUUGAAAAAUUAAAAAAAAUAAAUAAAUACAUUAAAACAAUUAAAUAAAAAGAUCUGGUACUUUUACUUUUCAUCUCAUUAUUGUGACUGCUUUUUUUUUUGUUUUUUGGCAGUAAUGGGCUUCCACAGUAUGAGUAUUACCACUGCAGAAGAGAGUAUUUUUCCAUUUAUGUGACAAAAAAAUUGAUAUAUUUAUAUCAGUCCUUUUAACAUCUAUCAUUAGCUUUACAGAAUAUCCAUCUUUACCAGUGUGUAUUUUUAAAUCUUGAUUAUAAGGGCUCUAUUGAUCCCUCCCUGGAUGUAUUUCAGCAUCACUACCGAGCCAAAGACACACUGAGAAUCCAAUUUGACCCUGCUGUUUAAAUUGUUUGGGAUUUUAAAAAUUUAAAGCCAUUUUUCCAAAGGCACCUUUUUCAGAUUUAAAAAAAAUAAUAAAACUAGAAGGAGAUAUUUUUAGUGCUUUUGAUAACACUUUGGAAUGUGUGGGUUUGGAGUGUGGUGUUAAUAUUUUAGGAUUAAAGUCAUGGAGGAUGAAGCAGGAAAUCGCACCUCUGGAUUUGGGUUUUUUUUUUCCUUUGUGUUCUCAAAAAUUGUAUUUUUUCCACAAAAGUUUAUUGAAAGUAGCAUCACCUGGAUAUCUGUCAUAAUGCAUCCUCCUGUGGACCAUAUUAGAAGGAGACACACUACUGCAAUGAAGGUUUACAGCUUAUCAUGAAGAGUGAGCGGCCUGUGCAGUCAUGUGUGGGAGCACCCAGAAGUCAUCCGUUUACAGGAGUUAUGGGGACUACCUUUUUUUUUUUUUUUGGUCUCUCUUGGAUACAUACACUGCCAUUUCCUAUCAUCUUGGAGUUACAAUAACCUGUAGUUAGAGCGGUGUGGCUUCUUAACACGGUUUACUCUUUAUAAACAUUCAUGAGGGCUAAGAGAAGACAUCGGAGAUUCAGCUGCAGUUACGUCAUAACCAAUGUAUUAAAAGGUUUCAGAUUCUCUGUAGAUAAAGUUUGCAGGUUUACUCAAGCCACAGUGGGGUCAGCGGGUGUCAGUGUUUUUUAUUUCAAGCUGUG